CAAAAGAAAAAAUGGUGGCAAUUUCGCUUUACAGAGGGAAUCUUCACCGAGUACCGGACGUGCCUCGUCGAUGGUUAAUGCCAAACCCCAAAAUCUCCCUCAAAGACUUCAAAACCCUCGUAGCUCGUCGCUCCAAAGCCCUCUCUCGUCUUUACGGCACCACUACCACCGCCACCGCAACCACCACAAACCCUAACCCUAACUCUGAUACCGAUCCUAUCGUUACCGCGGAUAACGGUCCUGUGGAGAUCCAACCUGAAGAACCCGCGAAGGCCGCCACCGCUAACAACGAUGACGAAGGGCCUUCGAGCAAGGCCGAUGAGGGAGAUCGGAAAGAAACGGAAUUCGCCGCAGGUGGCGGUGGUGGUUCCCCGAAGAAAAUGGCUGUGGAUGAUGGAUCUGAUGCGUUCAUCGACUCAAAGAAUGUCGCACCUCAACCCGGAGAUGGCGGUUUCCCUUGCACGGAAAAGCAUACUGAGCCUGUAACUGACAAUGUACACCAGCUGAGUGAAAAGGAGAAAAGGAAAAAGGAAGUGGAGGAUAAGUUGCAAGUUUUGAAUGCGAAAAAACACAAUCUGGUGCUAGUGUUGAAGCAGAUCUUGAAUGCAGAGGAAGAGUUAAAGAGGCGAAGCAGUAUGCAAGCGGUUGGGAUGCGUGGCCCUUCUGCUCCACUUCAAGUAGAUGGAAUGAAUGAUACUGGUUCUAUGACCAGGCUUAUGGCGCCAAGACUGGGCUCUGAGGGAAAUCUUGUUGGUGAUGUGGAAGGCGGUGAGGCUGAUAUGCACUCUCGCCAUAUGCUUCGGACAAGUAGCAUGUCACCAUCUUCAGAGUCCCCACUUCGGAGAACCCCUACUGUUCAACAGAAUGUGGUUUCGCACCCUACUCGAGCAACUUUGGCAGCCACUGGUAGUAGUCCAUCACGUUUUGCUUUAUCGGGACAUCAGGGGAAUCAAAUGAACUUGCCUUCAGUGUCUGUCUCAGGAACUUAUAUUGCCUCAUCCCCUUCACCAGCUGCAUCUGGGGGCACUUCUGUUUUCAGAGAUGCUCGGCAACCAAGUCCAUGGAAGUAGAAUGUUUUUUGUGACUAUAGUGGCAUAUUAUCAUUCUCAGUUUUUGGACUCUGGUUGCUGUAUAUAAUUUCCCGAAUGAGCAAUGCUAGGAAGACCUUUGUCUCUCGGUGGUAGAAAUAUAUGUAAUUUUUGUUGUCCAUUUGGAAAGAGGAAGAUUGAAGGACUGCUUAACUUGAUGUCAAGAUAUCAAAUUAUUCUAUUUUGUUA